CUUAUUUCGCUAAAGGUUGUUGUUUUUUAACUAUUUUUAAUGUACAGAACAUUAAGAAGAAAAUGAAGUUGAUUAUCUUUGCUUGUUUACUGCCUAUUAUAGUUUCAGAAUGCGCCAUAAAUAAUAAUAAUAACAAUAACAGGCUUAUAGAUUUAAAAUGGGUAUUAUUACGAAGAAACCUGUGUUUUCAAGCUAGAAAUGAUCUCCCUGGAUUUGUUCCUGUUUAUGAAAACGGUUGGUUAGUUGCAACGAAGCUUGUGUAUGUUAGUGGAUCUUUAAAAUGCUGGCCAUCAGCUCAAGGGAGCAACUUUGGGUGCACUGAUGACCACACUAAGUUUAGCGUUUACGUUUGUGAUGGUAAAAAACAGACCAUUUUUCCAUCUCCUAAUCAAGCACUUACUUAUGAUGGCACUAAAUCUUAUCAAUACCCUGGUUUUACUGCAAACGAUAAUGAAGUGAUUUUUACCGAGUUCAGUUACCCAGCAUACAUGAAAGAAGGACAGCAUAUCACUAUUUGGAGCGGUGAAGAUCUAUACAACUCAAAUGAAGGGGAUAACUCCGGAAUAGUUUGUGUAAACGUAUUUGGCUCAUUUGCAAAUUCAUUAAACUAAUUAAAUAUUGUUAAAUUAUUAUGUGGUUUAAAAAAAGUUACUUUCUUUUG